GCUGCGGAGGGGCCGGAGAUUCUCAUUCAAAUCACCGCAGCCUGUGAGCGGCUGGAGCGGGCGUGUUCCCCAGCAGCCGGAGCCUGGGAGAACCGGGCACAGCGCAGUCAUGACCCGGGCAGCCGCCAGCCGCGCACCGGAGAGACACAUAGGGGGCUGAGCGGGGUCCCCAUCCUCACGGGAGCCCCGCAACCCAGGAGACGGGACCGGGGCGCAGCGGCCCCCCUACCACACCGCCCCCAGGAGCCGGGCGUGCUGCCCGGGGGCACAGGGACCAUGCCGGUGAGGAACAGGUACAACCUGGUGGAUGAUGGAUGUGACUCCCGGGUCCCCCUGCACAAUGAGGAAGCCUUCCAGCACGGCAUCCACUUCCAGGCGAAGUACAUUGGCAGUCUGGAUGUGCCGAGGCCGAACAGCCGGGUGGAAAUUGUGGCAGCAAUGAGAAGAAUCCGGUAUGAAUUUAAAGCCAAGAACAUUAAGAAGAAGAAAGUCAGCAUUUCCGUGUCCGUGGACGGUGUCAAAGUGGUGAUGAGAAAGAAACAAAAGAGGAAAGAAUGGACCUGGGAUGAGAGCAAGAUGCUGGUGAUGCAUGACCCCGUGUAUAGAAUAUUUUACGUAUCGCACGACUCCCAAGACCUGAAGAUAUUCAGUUAUAUCGCCCGGGAUGGGGCGAGCAAUACCUUCAAAUGCAAUGUCUUCAAGUCGAAAAAGAAGAGCCAGGCCAUGCAGAUCGUCCGGACGGUCGGACAAGCCUUUGAAGUGUGCCACAAAAUGAGCCUGCAGCACGCGCAGCAGAAUGCAGACGGAGAGGCAGACGGAGCCAGCGACAAGUCCCUGGAAGAGCAGAAUUUGGAAGGGUGGCAGCUGGCGGUAGCCGAGGAUAAAGAUACUGAAGACGUUGCCGGCGAUGCGAAGAGAGCGGCUCUCCGUGACAAGGGAACCUGCGAGCGCGCCACUUCUGCUCCUGACCUGGAGAUUGUGAGAUACGCCAAGGCCCUGAAGGAUCAGAUUGACCGGGACAUAGAAAACUGCUCCACGUACUCCACGGUAUCAAAGAAAGUGUGUACUCCCAGCAGCAGCAGCAUCACCUCCAUGUCUGCCCUGACGCCUCUGGCCUCCCAGCAUCGGCUCCAGCUUCUCCAGCACCAGCUCCUGCAGCAGCAGCAACAGACUCAGGUGGCAGUAGCACAGGUGCAGCUGCUGAAGGACCAGCUUGCAGCAGAGACGGCGGCCCGAAUUGAGUCCCAGGCCCGGGUCAGACAGCUGCUACUGACCAACCGUGACUUACUACAGCACAUCGCGCUGCUGGUGAAACAGCUGAAGGAGCUGGAGGUCCGAUCGGACACGAACCACAACGUGGAUAAAAGGUCUCUACAUAACUUGGCCAUCGCCCAGUCUCUGUCCCUAAACUUGAAGAAUCUGUACAGCCUGGAAAUCAACCUCCCGUCCACCUCUACUCCGGCCAGUCUGCAGAAUGCCAUUACCGGGAACAUUGGAGAGUCCUACCUCAAUCUCCUGAACCUGGAGAAAGAGACCAACCGAGCGGAUGUGGUCAGCAGGAAGGUGGAAGGGUCUGAGGUCCUACCGGAGAAGACUGAAGAGGAGAUCCCAAGAGUACACGAGGACAAGCUUCUACAUUCUAUUCCAAAACUGGUCCCACCACCUCCUAUAAUCAGAAAGAGGUCUUCAAAGAUACUGCCGGGGCAAAUUACCGAGUCCAGGUCAACCGAGAGUGUGAGCCACACAACUCCAACCAGUGUCAACCUGACCAGCUUCACCACAAUCACGUCUUGCUCAAUAACACCCGCCGGGUUCGACUCAGAGGACACCAGUCCGUCCUACAAAAACUCUUACUUCCCGGGUUUUGAGAAUGGAGAACUUUCCCCGAUAAGGGAGAGGUCUCGUAUGUCAUUCCACCAUGGGUCCAUAGAAGAGAACGGAACCUUCCAUUCCAUCACUAGCAGUUACGACAACUUAGAGGACACACCGACCAUCGUGCCGGAAACGCCAGCUUGCAACGGGUUGGUGAAGUCACUGAGCGUGGAAAACACGUUGCCGUUUUCCACCGCAAAUGACACCUGCUUACACAUCAGCUUCUCCGAAGACGAAUUUCCAGACAUGGACUCUGAUGAUCACGUGGUGGUUCAUAAGCAAUGGCGGCUCAUUAAGAACGGCAACUGACAACUUGGGUGAUUGGCCUGUUAUAGAAGCCAACAAUUAUUUUUUUUCCCACAGGAGUUAAGUGACACUUUCCCCUCAGAAGACCCCGCUGUAAUCUUAAUAGAUGAAGAUGACGUUCAUGCAUUUUGGAAAUCCAUAAUGGCGACGCGUUCGCAUUACGCCCAGCAAGCAUGGUGGAUCUAGCAAGUGGGUUGCGGCCCAACGCUCAAGCAGUUGCCAACUUACCUUUCACAGCUGCUUAUGUUAAAGUGGGCGGAACCAGUAAAGUCCCAUCUUUUUACCUACAUUGUAAAUUGAUCACGUUUAAUGGGACUUCUGUCUAUAUUUUACCACCUCGGGAUAAAUCUUUAGAAAUCAUUUGCUACAAAAUUAUAUUUUUUCUAUUUGGGAGUCGCCUACAUGUUAUUGCUUUGUCGUAACAGUGUGGCUACUUAUUGUGAUUUCUUUUGUUUUUUCCCCGCAUCUUAAGCUAAUAUUUGAAAAAACACAUCAGAGGUUAUAUUUUCAGAGCCAUUUGGGAGAGAGCGCGAAUAGAACGAUAGGAAAGAAAGUGAGCCAUUUGUGUAUGGUGCAAAGUACGGUUUGCAGUUACGGCAACAUGUUAUUUAGUUUAAAAGAUCAAAUCUGAUCUGCUGACGGAAGAAGCACAACCGUUGCUGUGCCCGGCAGCAUCAUUUUACUUGCAUUGGAGACCACAGUCAGGCGGAAAUUCUGGACUUUCUAUAGGGCAAGUUUCAGGGGGUGCGACCGAUGGUGGCAUCUAAAGACGCAAAGUGGCUGCCUCAGUUCUUGUACAUUCAGACGCACGGCUGCACACCAGGAGUAUGGUUGAUACACUCAUUAACAUAAAAUUGCAGAUCCAUAUAUACACUGCGACCAAGUAGGAGAUUUUUUUUAUAAUGGGAACUGCUGUUUGGGAGGACACACAGACAACCUGAUUAAAGUCGAUGCACCCUAUGUGAACCGAAGGACUUUGGUGGGAACAGGGACUCCCACUAGAUCAGUUAAGGAAGGACAUUCUCUGUUCUACAGUCUUAUUUCAGCUUCGACUUAUGCCGAAUGUUGCGGAGUACUGUACGGAUAUUGGCCAAACUUGACAUUAAGUGCAUCAGUAUGAGUGGUCACAGCAGAUCCAGUGAUUCAUUAGCGCUGUAACAGACUUUUAUACGCAGCGUCCCACAACUCGUAUAAUAAGACCUCAUGGCUCCAAUAUAUUACACCUCAUCUGUCAUUUAGCAAAUGCUGCUUGGAAAUAACCACAUGUCCUCACUAGUAUAGAUGGUCUGUUGUCAGGGAAUAUAGCUGUAUCAUCCCUGGGUUACAGCCGGCUGGAAAUAACGCCCGCUGCUGACUGCUUUGCGCUGAACGAGGGGGUGUCAUUGCUGAUUGGCUCUGGCAAUGCAUGGGGGGGGGGGGGGGGGGGGUUAGAUAGGAUUCCUCCUCCCCCCCGUACUGCCAGGCUAGUAAUUAUCAGGAAUAUAAGUUCCGUACUAUUUUAUACCACUUUACUGAAGGCAAUGGCAGAAUGCCGUCGCGUUUCCCAUGUAUAGCGUGGCGGAGUAAGACGCUUCUACGUAGUAAGCGGACGUUCUCUGCUUUUUUUACUGUGCUGUAGAAAUAUUACGCAUAAAUAUUAGAGGAUAUUACGUAGGAUGGAUGACUGUAGAUAGCGAUUCUUGUGCAAUAUUAGUACAAAAUAUCUCCAUCCUAAAAUAAUGACUCGUUUACACCUAAAAAUAUGGCGUGAAGACCAUUUUAUAUAUUUUUGCAUAGAAUUUAAUAUGAAAUCCGCACAUUCAUUCGUCUCCCCAUUUAUUUUUAUACAUCUAUUUUAGCUACAGAUAAGACUAUUUUUCAUGUCACCGUCACUCUCACUAUUCAUUUUCAUUGCAAAUAAAUCUGAGGAGACUUUAGGGCUGCAGCAGAGUAAACUGCCCGCUAAUGGCCGAAAUACCAUAAAAUAGAUCAUUACUGUAGCCUAAGCCAGGAAUAAUGGCGGUACCCACGGCUUGGCGGGAGAGCAAUUACUCUGCUCAGCAACUCAUCUGCAAAACGGGAUGUUGUUUUACCCUUUACCAGCCCUUAUCAGCAACUCAUUUUCAUUGUCAAACCAUGAAGAUUUUCCGCUAUCUUUGGAAAGAGUAUUUUUCUUAUCGCAUUACAUGAAACGGGGAAAAUCUGAAUAGCAAUGUGUGAAAUUUAUUUUGUUUACUCUAAAGCAAUGUAUGAGCGCACCUCCAUUCAGCAGAAUCUGGCAGUCGGGACACAGUCGCUUCUUGUGAGUAGGGAACGUAAAUCCAUUUUGUAGAAAGUAAUAAUGCGUUCAUCUUCUACAAGGCUUAGUCCUCAGGUACGUUGGGUGGGAGUCUUAGUCCUUGGUAGCAGGACGUUUAGUCCUUGGUAGCUGUACGUUUGGCGGGAGGCUUAGUUCUCGGUAGCUGUACGUUGGGUGGGAGGCUUAGUCCUCAGGUACUUUGGGUGGGAGUCUUAGUCCUUGGUAGCUGUACGUUUUAGUGGGAGGCUUAGUCCUCAGGUACGUUGGGCGGGAGGCUUAAUCCUUGGUAACUGUACGUUGGGUGGGAGACUUAGUCCACAGGUACAUUGGUGGGAGCUUAGUUCUUGGUAGCUGUACAUUGGGCAGGAGGUUUAGUCCUCGGUAGCUGUACGUUGGCAGGAGGCUUAGUCCUCGGUAGCUGUAUGUUGAAUAGGAGGCUUAGUCCUCUGGUUUGAUGGGCGGGAGGCUUAGUCCUUGGUAGCUGUACACUGGGUGGGAGGCUUAAUCCUCAGGUACAUUGGUGGGAGGCUUAGUCCUUGGUAGCUGUACGUUGGGCGGGAGGCAUAAUCCUUGGUAGCUGAAACUUUGGUCUGAUGCUUAGUCCACAAUAGCUGAAUGUUGGGUGGGAUGCUUAGUCUUCGUUAGCUGUAAAUUGGGCCGGAGGCUUUGUCCUUGGUAGCUUAAACUUUGGUCUGAUGCUUAGUCCUUCAUAGCUGAAUGUUGGAUGAGACGGUUAGUCUUCGGUAGCUGUACAUUGGCUAGGAUGGUUAGUUAUUGGAAGCUGAACGUUUGGCACAGGAUAGUUGGAUGUACACGAUACAUAGAGCAGAAGAUUAGUAGAUGGAUUUGUACGUGAUUGAUGGACAUGGUAAGUGUAGAUGAGAGAGAGUGAUAUUUAAACAGAUUACUGGACGGGGGUAUAUCAGGCCCAUUACCCAUUAGCUUAUCACUAAGCAAUGACUGUUUUCUCCUCUUGAGGAACUAUUCAAAUACUGAAAUAUACAGUGUCUCCUAUAUGAUGGCAGAAAACAUCAUUCUAAAUAAAACGUCUUUAAAUCUGAGAUUUCUCCCAGGACGAUGCCGCCCAAUACAGUGACCAUUAUGGGAUGUAUGGACACGGCGGUACAGUGACGGUGGUGGAGUGUAUAGACACGGAAGGUACGUCACGGUGGUGGGGUGUAUACAGCCAUGGCCAAAAGUUUUGAGAUUGACACAAGUAUUGGUUUUCACAAAGUUUACUGCUUCAGUGUUUUUAGAUCUUUUUGUCAGAUGUUACUAUGGUAUACUGAAGUAAUACUGCAAGCAUUUCAUAAAUGUCAAAGCUUUUAUUGACCAUUACGUUACGUUUAUGCAGAGAGUCAAUAUUUGCAGUAUUGACCCUUCUUUUUCAAGACCUCUGCAAUUCACCCUGGCAUGCUGUCAAUCAACUUCUGGGCUAAUCAACUCUUGGACUAUGUCAGAAUUUGUGGGUAUUUGUUUGUCCACCUACCUCUUGAGGAUUGACCACAAGUUCUCAAUGGGAUUAAUGGGGUUUCCUGGCCAUGGACCCAACAUUUUGAUGUUUUGUUCCCCGAGCCACUUAGUUAUCACUUUUGUCUUAUGGCAAGGUGCUCCGUCAUGCUGGAUAAGGCACUGUUCCUCACCAAACUGUUCUUGGAUGGUUGGGAGAAGUUGCUCUUAGAGGAUGUUUUGGUCCCAUUCUUUAUUCAUGGCUGUGUUCGUGGGCAAAAUUGUGAGUGAGCCCACUCCCUUGGCCUUAGCUGAGAAGCCACCUCACACAUGAAUGGUCUCAGUAUGCUUUACUGUUGGCAUGACACAUGACUGAUGGUAGCGCUCACCUUUCCAGACCAGCGUAUUUCCAGAUGCCCCAGACAAUCUGAAAGGGGAUUCAUCAGAGAAAAUGACUUUACCCCAGACCUCAGCAGUCCAAUCCGUGUACCUUUUGUAGAAUAUCUGUCCCAGAUGCUUUUCCUGGAGAGAAGGGGCUUCUUUGCUGCCCUUAUUGACACCAGGCCAUCCUCCAAAAGUCUUCGCCUCACUGUGCGUGCAGAUGCACCCACACCUGCCUGCUGCCAUUCCUGAGCAAGCUCUGCACUGGUGGUGGCCCGAUCCCGCAGCUGAAACAACUUUAGAAGAUGGUCCUGGCACUUGCCGGACGUUCUUGAGCGCCCUGAAGCCUUCUUGCAGCCACCGCGGCCCGCCCCCUGCACGGUCAUAUGCCACCGGCCCUUCCAGCGACUGCCUCUGCCUAUCAGGCAGAGGCGAUCACAGGGCUGAGAGGGCCGUCUGGCAUGCUGCGGCGCAUGCACAGUUUAGACAAAAACACACAGCAGCGAUCAGGUCUGAAUUAGGCCCCAAGUUCAUUGUCAUGGCAGAGAGGGGCUUUGCUAUUAAUUGCAAUUAAUGUGAUCACUUUUCAUGACAUUCUGGAGUAUGUGCAAAUUGCCAUCAUAAAAACUGAGGCAGCAGACUGUGUAAAAAUUAUUAUUUCUGUCAUUCUUAAAACUUUUGGCCACAGUGACAGUGGUGGGGUGUA